AUGAGCGAAGUCGACCGAAACGAAGUGUUCGACGAAAAGGCCACGACUCAGCAGGUUGAUCUCGUCAAUGAUCCUGAUGCUGGCUUGUCUGAUGCCGAGAAGAAGGAGGUGGAGCGCAAACUCGUUCGAAGGCUUGACAUGAGGCUCAUCCCAUGGUUGUGCUUUCUCUAUCUCGUCUGCUUCCUCGAUCGUACCAAUAUCGGCAAUGCCAAAAUCGCCGGUCUCAUGACCGACAUUCCCAUGUCAACGACCCAAUUCAAUUCGACCCUGACCAUCUUCUACAUUUCGUACGCACUCUUUGAGGUUCUUGCCAACAUUCUCCUCAAGAGCACUCGCCCAUCCAUCUUCAUCCCCACCAUCAUGGUUCUCUGGGGCGCCUGUAUGCUGGGAAUGGGCUUCGUCAAGAACUGGUCAGGUCUGAUGGCCGCUCGAUGGUUCCUCGGCGUGGCUGAGGCUGGUCUCUUCCCCGGGAUCAACUACUAUCUCUCUUGCUGGUACAGACGUUCCGAGUUUGGUGCUCGCGCUGCUUGGUUCUUCUCGGCUGCUGCCCUGGCUGGCUCCUUUGGUGGUCUGCUGGCGGCUGGUAUCGAGAAGAUGGACGGCAUUGCCAACAUUAGCGGUUGGGCCUGGAUUUUCAUCCUCGAGGGUCUCCUGACCAUUAUUGUUGGUAUCAUCUCAUUCUGGAUGGUCCACGACUUCCCUGAUGAGGCUAAGUUCUUAUCCGAUGAGGAUCGCCGCCGUGUCAUUCUCCGACUCCAACGCGACCAGCAAGCUUCGGCCCAACACGAAGAGUUCAAGAUGAAGUACUUCUGGCAGGCUGUUACUGACUGGAAGACGUACGUUGGUAUGAUGAUCUACAUGGGCCCGCUUAUGCCUUUGUACUCUUUCAGCGUGUUCCUGCCCACCAUCAUCCAGAACAUGUCAUUUACCACCAAAGAGGAGGUUAUCAAGAACCAACUUCUGAGCGUGCCCCCAUACGCCCUGGCUGCCAUUGUUACCGUCUGCGUUGGUAUUUACUCCGACCGCAUCAACAGGCGUGGUAUCUUUAACCUGAUUGCUGCGCCUAUUGGCCUCACGGGUUUUAUUAUGCUGAUUGCGUCGACGAAGCCUGCCGUACAAUAUUGUGGCUGCUUCUUGGGCGCCCUGGGAAUCUACCCGGUCAUCCCCAUCACCAUCACUUGGGUUGCUAACAACGUCGAGGGUGUGUAUAAACGUGGUAUCGUCCUUGGUUUCGUUAUCGGAUGGGGAAACCUGAACGGAAUCGUCAGCAGCAAUGUCUUUUUCUCUCCGCCUCGCUUCUACGAGGGUCAUGGAACAAUUCUUGCCUUUAUGUUUACUGGUGUCUUCUGUGGCAGCGCAAUCAUGUACACAAUGCUCGCGCGGGAGAAUAAGAAGCGUCUGAGUGGCGAGCGGGACCACUGGGUGCAGGGCAAAUCACCCGAGGCAAUUCAUGCCAUGGGCGACCAGAGGCCCGAUUUCAUCUACACGCUGUAG